AAAAUCCCUUAUAUUUCUGUAGCCUCAUUCCCUCCCUCUCCUCUCAGGUCUCAGGAGUAGAGAAGAAGAGUUUGUUGUGAUUUGUGUUGUAGUUUGAUUGAGUUUUUGUUUGAAUUUCAAUGGCUGGAAUUUGCUGCGGUGUUGUCGGAGAAGCUGAGGCGUCGACUACGAUUGAAGCAAGCUCAAGGAAUUCGAGGCGCAGGAGAUUGGAGCUCCUACCGCUUAAAUACAUAGCUGACAUGGCCGUGAAACCGUCGACGGUGGAGAACAGCCGGAAGCGGCAGAAGAUCGAUCUGUACCGUUCAUCGUCGUCGGUGCCACACAACGCAGUGGAAAGCUCCUCGGAAGCGAAAUCGAAAUCGGAAAGCGAAGGGUCGAAGCUGAACGCGACCGUGCGUUUUGGCGACGAUGAUUUUGAUGCUGUGAAUACACGUGGAGAUCAUCAGGAGUCUAAAUCUGUGCGUGUGGACAACGAAGCGGUGCAGGUGCAGGCACUGCAGGGGAGCCCUCGGUUUGGUAUGACUUCGGUUUGUGGGAGAAGACGAGACAUGGAAGACGCCGUUUCGAUUCACCCUUCGUUCUACCAAAACGACGGUCCAGACUCUAAUGGAGCCCACUUCUAUGGAGUUUUCGACGGCCAUGGCUGCUCUCAUGUGGCCUUGAAGUGCAAGGAUCGGUUGCAUGAAAUCGUGAAGCAAGAGCUCGAAACGGAAGGCGGGUACAUACAGUGGAAGGGCGCGAUGGAGCGAAGCUUCGCGAAGAUGGACGAUGAGGUCCAGGAAGGAAACCUGGUUGCUCAAGGCCCGAAUUGCCGGUGCGAGCUUCAGACUCCGCAGUGCGACGCCGUUGGAUCUACGGCGGUCGUUGCUGUCGUCACUCCGGAGAAAAUUAUCGUCUCUAAUUGUGGCGAUUCCCGCGCCGUGCUUUGCCGAAACGGCGUCGCCGUCCCUCUUUCCUCCGAUCAUAAGCCGGAUCGACCCGAUGAGCUGGUUCGGAUCGAAGCCGCGGGCGGGCGGGUCAUCUACUGGGACGGUGCGAGAGUCCUGGGAGUUUUAGCCAUGUCGAGAGCCAUUGGCGACAACUAUCUGAAACCGUACGUGAUAUCGGAACCGGAGGUGACGAUCAUGGAUCGGUCGGCGGAGGACGAGUGUCUGAUUCUGGCGAGCGACGGCCUCUGGGACGUGGUAUCAAACGACACCGCGUGCGGAGUCGUUCGCAUGUGUUUGCGCGCGCAGAAGACGACUUCGCAUUCGGAGUCGUCUGGAAGAGACGCGGCAGUGAGGUCCGACAAGGCGUGUUCGGACGCCUCCAUCUUGUUGACCAAGUUGGCCUUGGCUAGGCAGAGCAGCGACAACGUCAGCGUUGUCGUGGUGGAUUUGAGAAGACCCGGGAGGUGCUAAAUCCGGCGUCGUUUUAAUUACAUGAAGUAUGAAGAUGAUAUAAUACUAAUCUAGCCAACGGUCAUUGGAAGAGGGAAAUUACCAGAGUGGCCUUCGAUUGUUAAUUGUUAGUUGUAGGCUGCUCUUAUUUUCUCUUAAUUAAUUAACAAGUUUGGAGGAAAUUUUUAUUUUUUUAAUAAGGUGUGGUUUGGGGCCUUUUUUCUUGAUUUUUAUUUUUAUUUUAAAAGGUUUUACAAUUUCACAUUACUGCAGAAGUUUGCAGAAAUGUGAUGUUAUACGAAGUUAUAUAGUGAAUAUAAUUGUAUAAUAGAUUAGUUUUUCUCA